UUAGAAUAAAAAAAAAAAAGGUUAAAACAAUCUAUAAGGACCAAAAUGUAAAACUCGCAACAUUGGAUGUGCUAUAAUACAGUAUGUAAUGAACACCAUCUCUGAGAAGCGAGAUAAGCUUUCCAUUUAAAUCUACAAUAAUGGCAAGUCCAUUGAAUGUAGAGGGUGCUAAUGGCUGUAGACCAGAAGGAACCAAUGGAGGGUGUUGGAAAAAAGUCGUGGAUUUAGGAGAGGCUAAGACUCAAAUAAUGUUUGCAGUGCCAAUGGUGUUAUCCAAUGUUUUUUACUUCUCAAUUACUAUGGUUUCUGUCAUGUUUGCUGGCCACCUUGGUGAGGUCGAGCUUGCUGGUUCAACACUUGCCAAUUCGUGGGCCACUGUUACUGGUUUUGCUUUCAUGACAGGCUUAAGUGGAGCAUUGGAGACCCUUUGUGGUCAAGGAUUUGCUGCAAAAAUGUACAAAAUGUUGGGGAUUUACCUUCAAGCUUCUUGCAUUAUUUCCUUCUUUUUCUCGAUUAUCAUAUCGGUUUUAUGGUCCUUCACUGAGCCAAUCCUUGUUUUGCUUCAUCAAGAUCCUGAAAUCUCGAGAGCUGCUGCUGUUUACAUCAAGUACUUGAUUCCUGGUUUAUUUGCUUAUGGUUUUCUGCAAAACAUAUUGAGGUUUCUUCAGACACAAAGCGUUGUUAUACCUUUGGUCGUGUUUUCUGCCGUUCCUUUGGUUAUGCAUUUCGGGAUUGUUUACGGUUUGGUAAACAGGACAAGUGUUGCUUACAAAGGUGCUCCUAUGGCGGCUUCAAUUUCAAUAUGGAUAUCAUUUCUUUUAUUAGCUCUAUAUGUUCUUUUCGCCAACAAAUUUCAGAACACAUGGACCGGAUUCUCUUUAGAAUCAUUUCGUUAUAUCAUACGGAACUCCAAAUUAGCCCUUCCAUCUGUGGCAAUGGUUUGUUUGGAGUUCUGGGCAUUUGAGAUUCUUGUGUUCUUAGCUGGUCUGAUGCCGAAUUCAAAAAUAACAACUUCAUUGAUUGCAAUAUGUGUGAAUACAGAAAACAUUGCCUACAUGAUCACAUACGGCCUUAGUGCUGCUGGAAGCACAAGAGUGUCGAAUGAAUUGGGGGCAGGAAAUCCAAACCGGGCAAAACAUGCCAUGACAGUCACUCUCAAGCUCUCCAUCCUUCUUGCGCUCGUAGUUGUUCUAACCAUAGCCUUGGGACAUGAUAUCUGGCCUGGUUUCUUCAGUGAUAGCCAUUCCAUUAUAAAAAAAUUUGCACAGUUGACACCGUUGCUCAUCGUUUCUAUAGUGAUUGAUGCUAUACAAGGCGUAUUAUCAGGGGUUGCUAGAGGAUGUGGUUGGCAACGCUUGGCAGUAUUGGUGAAUUUCGGCGCUUUCUAUUUCAUUGGCAUGCCAAUUGCGAGUGUUCUCGGUUUCAAAUUUAAGCUGCAUGUUAAGGGUUUAUGGAUAGGCUUAAUUUGUGGUCUAUCUUGUCAAGCUUGCACCCUUGUGUUGAUUACAUUUUAUAGAAAAUGGACAAAAUAUGAGGUUUCAGAAGAGAAUGUCAAAGAAACUCAAGUUUCUGUUUAAUUUCUCCAAAAAAACAAAUUCUUGAUACGAUUUCGUUAGUGGAUAAAAUACCAUCAAUUAGUGGAUCAAAAGUUCGACACCACCAAUAAUAUGAUACUACAAGAGGAUUUGAUACAACCAAGUUUAAGCAUGAUAAUGAGAAAAAUUAGCAUGGCAGUUUCUUAUUUGAUGUUGGAUUCUUUAAGAUGAAGUCACUCAAACAAAUUAGAUCAUGGACCCAAAGUCGAGAUAUUAUUUUAUGGAGCUUUCCCAUCAUAUUAUUUA